AUGGAGACCUUCUUCCUUACCCUCAGUUUCCUGGGUCCCCCCAGUAUCCAGGGUCCCCCCAGUAUCCAGGGUUGCCAGGUUCCCCCGGGUCCCCCCAGUUUCCAGCGCUGCCAGGAUCCCCCGGGUCUCCCCAGUAUCCAGGGCUGCCAGGAUCCCCCGGGUCUCCCCAGUAUCCAGGGCUGCCAGGAUCCCCCGGGUCCCCCCAGUAUCCAGGGUUGCCAGGUUCCCUGGGGUCCCCUCCUUUUCCAGGGUCCCCUCAAUAUCCAGUGUCCCCCCAGUUUCCAGGGCCGUCAGCUUCCCCCGGGUCCCCUCAGUUUCCAGGGCCGCCAGCUUCCCCCGGGUCCCCUCAGUUUCCAGGGCCGCCAGGUUCCCCCGGGUCCCCUCAGUUUCCAGGGCCGCCAGGUUCCCCCGGGUCUCCCCAGUAUCCAGGGCCGCCAGGAUCCCCCGGGUCCCCCCAGUAUCCAGGGUUGCCAGGUUCCCUGGGGUCCCCUCCAUUUCCAGGGUCCCCCCAAUAUCCAGCGCCGCCAGGUUCCCCCGGGUCUCCCCAGUAUCCAGGGCUGCCAGGGUCCCCUCAGUUUCCAGGAUCCCCCGGGUCCCCCCAGUAUCCAGGGUUGCCAGGUUCCCUGGGGUCCCUUCCAUUUCCAGGGUCCCCGCAAUAUCCAGGGCUGCCAGGUUCCCCCAGACCGUUCCCAACUACUGCUGGAUCUUCUGAGUCAGUUGAGCUGCCUCCCUACCCUGUGUUCCCUGGACCGGUCCCCUUCGGGUCCCCUCCGUUUCCAGGGCUGCCAGGUUCCCCAGGGUCCCCUCAGUUUCCAGGGCUGCCAGGUUCCCCCCAGUAUCCAGGGCUGCCAAGUUCCCCCGGGUCCCCUCCGUUUCCAGGGGUGCCAGGGUCCACCGGCUCCCCUCAGUUUCCAGGGUCCCCUGGCUCCCCUCCGUUGCCAGGGUCCCCCCAGUAUCCAGGGCUGCCAAGUUCCCCCGGGUCCCCUCCGUCUCCAGGGCUGCCAGGUUCCCCUGGGUCCCCUCCGUUUCCAGGGCUGCCAGGGUCCCCUGGAUCCCCUCCCUUUCCAGGGUCCCCAGGAUCCCCUCUGUAUCCCGGCUCCCCUCAGUAUCCAGGGCUGCCAGGGUCCCCCGGCUCCCCUCAGUAUCCAGGGCUGCCAGGGUCCCCCGGCUCCCCUCAACCCACUCAUCCCCAGAGGCCUCCCUGUUUUUACUCCACCCACUACAAACGCAAAGCAAAGAGGGUUAAGCAGAUGGUCCCACCAGUGUACGACAUCAUGUUCCAGGACGAUGCUUCACUUCAGUCGAAUGUUACACAGGCUCCAACAGGGACUCCAAAGUCUUCCACCACCGCUGGUGUCGAGGACCAGAGGAGGAUGCCUGGGUUUGGUUCUGCCAGUAGGGGUGCCCUCCCUCCUCCACCUGCUGAGGACUCGUAGCAAGUGACUCUUAACAAUUCUUUUUUGAGUAGUUGUGUAAUGUCACUUCUGCACUUUUUAAUAAAGAAUUCUUAACUUUAAA